AUGGCAAAAGAAUUAAUCUAUAUUUUUAGUUUUUUUUUUUUUAGAAAUUUUGCUUUGUUUCAGGACGACGAUGAAGCAGAUACUGUUAGUUGUUGUACAUUGAAAGUGGAAAAUGUAACACUAAAACCACCAAAUAUAUUGGAGUUUGAUUUCCUUGGUAAAGAUUCAAUCAAGUACUACAAGCAAUUUGAAGCGGACCCUCUUGUCUACAAAGCUGUUGAGCAGUUCAGAGAAGGGAAGCGGGAUGGUGAUGAUCUCUUUGACAAGUUGGACACCAGCAAGUUGAAUGCUCAUCUAAAAGAACUAAUGCCCGGGCUCACUGCGAAAGUAUUCCGUACAUUUAAUGCAUCUGUCACUUUGGAUAAUAUGCUUGCUGAAGGGGCUGGAAGUGGAGAGGUGCCGGAAAAAAUUGCCAUUUAUCAGCAUGCUAACAAAGAGGUAUGUGAUUUUGACUCUGGUUGUGGCUUGGUUUGUUGGGGGUUAGUCAGCUAG